UAAUUUGCUGUAUUUUUUCCCUUUAUGACAGUGAUCCGAGCUAAAGUGGUGGGGAAGAAGCUGAUGAAAGAUGGGCCGUUUGGAACGAUGCGCUACACGGUCAAGCAGAUGAAGAUGUACAGGGGCUUCCAGAUAAUGCCACACGUGCAGUACAUCUACACAGAAGCGUCUGAGAGUCUUUGUGGAGUCAAGCUGGAGGUCAACAAGUACCAAUAUCUGAUUACAGGCCGGGUGUACGAGGGGAAGGUUUACACUGGGCUGUGUAAUUGGUACGAGAAAUGGGACCGUCUGACGCUGUCCCAGCGCAAAGGACUGAACCAUCGCUACCACCUGGGCUGUGGCUGCAAGAUUAGGCCCUGCUACUAUUUGCCCUGCUUUGCCACCUCCAAGAACGAGUGCAUUUGGACAGACAUGCUCUCCAACUUYGGCCACUCAGGGUACCAAGCCAAGCACUACGCCUGCAUCCAGAGGGUGGAAGGUUACUGCAGCUGGUACAGAGGAUGGGCACCUCCAGACAAAACCAUCAUCAAUGCCACAGAUCCCUGAGCAGCUGGCCCUUUCCUCACCUCCCUUCUCCUUACUUGUGGCUGAUCUUCCUUUGGACACUAACUCUUACCAGAUCAUGAUGAUGACAAUGAAAUUAGUGCCUAUUUUCAUGCAAAUUCUAGCACUUCGAACACUUAAAAAAGGAAAAAAAAAAAAAAAAAAAAAAGGAAAGGAGAGAAAAAAGUCUGUCCUACCUUACUGAAUUUGUAAUUACCUUUUCCAUUUUUUGAUACCACUCAUUUGAUCAGACAACAUUUUGGAGCUUACUUUUGCACACCAGAGGGAAAAAUGGGAGGGGGAAAAAAWAGAUAGAGCUCUUGCUCUCUUACACGUAUCAUUAGCUGUAGCAAUAUAAUCUCUAUUUUUUUAGGAAAACAAAAAUCUAAAAACUAUGCCAAUUAGGCACUGUAUUCUUCUAUGUGCUGGCUUCCUAUCACCCUUCCUCAUGCACUAAGUGCUGAAAAUACAUAGACAAAUCUAUUUCAAGGGAAACAGAUUUCAUUGAUCAGAUUAAUCAGGCAAAUGAAGCAAAAUGGAAAGAAACCCAGCCUACACUCUGGACAAAAUGGCAUCUGARAGAAAUCUUCCUCUAUUAGAAAGAUUGCAAUGUGAUUGAUUGCAGCAGUGGGAGACUUUACCUGGUGUGUCUGAGCACAUCCUCUGCUAAAAGCAUUGCUGACUGACUGCUCUUGCUAAGUCAGUCACAGUGUGAAUGCACAUUUGAAGUUCUGGCUUUCCCCAGAAUAAAAAGAGAGAGUAUAUAGUAUUUUUGUUGUUGUUUCAAAAACAAAAGGCCUAUCCCCUGUUUUCAGGGAGGUAAAUGCAACUACAGCAGAGCAGAUGAAGGGUUGUGGCUUCCUGUUUUGAGCAGCAUUGGCCCCUGAAUUUUUUGCAGCUUAGCUUCAACAGCAAAACCAGCGUGAGAACACCUUAAACCAAACAGAUGCAAAAAUAACAACUGUAAAUCAAUCAGGUGCAAGAGGGAAAGGGGAGACUUGCUAGAACUCUUACUAUUAAAAAAAUAUAUUGCCAAAAUAGUGUUUUGCUGAAGUAAGAUGUAUAUACAYGUAAUGACAUAAGCUAUUUUUGACAGGACGUGGAUUUUUUUGGUGUUAUAAACAAAAGAAUGGUUUGAUUGUGUUUUGAAGACAGAAAUAUUGACAUUCCGAGUCGGUGAGUUGCUUUGAAGCYAUGGAAGCUCCAGUGUAUCUGCAGUAUUGCAAUGGUCAGUGUUUCCUCUGUAACUCCACGUUCCUCCCCUGCCCCUACAAUAGCUGUGUUUGUUUGUACAGUGAAAGGAAAUGUGUGUGGGCUGGGCAAGGAAAGUGUCUCCUAACAAGUGUUGUCUGGGAUCAUCAAGUUUUCAGCUGCCCAGAGGAUUCUCCUGUGUCAAGUGCUGUGUUUCGUAGCCCUAUGCAUGUGCUCAUCCCAUGUCCUGCACUCCUGUGGGAGGAGAAGCCUUACUGUUUGUGCUUUGCUGUUGACUGGAGAAGUUUUUUUUUUUUUUCAUUCUAUUUUGGUUUUUUUUUAUUAUUAAGAAAACUAUAAUAUAAUUUUUCUUAUCAAAUAAAAGUAUUUUAAGUUGUAAUGAUGGUGGAGAAGGGGUGUUGACAAAAUGGGUGACYGAGUUUUGGAUGGGGAGGGCUUGGGCAGGGAGAAGAUUGUGUUUAACUUCAUUUUUGUAUUAUUAUGAUUAUUUAUCUUAAGUUUCCAUAUAUCUUCUGUUCAUUCCACUUCGAAAGCAGAGCUGCCACCAMCAGGAAAAAGUUUUUGCAGUGACUUCAGCUUGGGGCAAUACAGCAUUUUACUGUCAGUGGCCUCAGUUACUGGAGAAUUGUUUGAAACCUCUUUGCCAAAUGGAAAAGAAAGGGUGCCUGAGAUGGGCCCUGAUGUGUUUUGUGUCCCUUGCAUGCCACCAGAGCUCUGCCAGAUGUGCAUCCUUUGAAAUGCCCCAUUUGCUGAGUGACUUGUUGCAGCAAAAAGCUUCAUUUAGCCUGAACUUUAAAGGGCAUUGGCAGAGUCGAUGGCAGAGCUGCCUAGGGCUGCUGCUGGUGGUGUAUUUUUUUCCCCAGCAGCUCUGAGUGGCGAUGUUGCACAAAAUACACUGAAAGUCUAUUGGAUUUUCCUGUGAUUCAGACUUUGAACACUCCUCAGAAGUCCUCUUCCCUGUGACUGCCCUGAAUUGUGGGCUGGAGAUGAGAGGGACAGUAGAGUGUCACAGGAUCAGGUGRUGGUUCAGAAUGUUGUUCCUUUUGGUAAAAUCCAGGUUUGGGCUUUGUGCCCAGUGGAACAAUCUCUGUCUGAGUUGUGCUGACACAGCCUGUGCCAGUCCCUGAGGGCAGAAUGGAGCCCCCCUCACUCUGCACUCUUUGGAGAGGGCAUUGCUGGAGAUGGCCCUCCCCAGCUCCAGUGACAUGGCAAAGCCAGCGUCCCUUGGAGCUGCAGCCACUCCUCAUGGCUUGGGAAGGCUGAAUGAAAAUGCCCCUCCAUGCAGUAAAGGGUUGGUUUGAAUUUGCAGUAAACUGCAGCUCUGCUUAUUUUACCUGUCACUGAUUCAUUUUGCUAGCUGAGACAUCACAGUAUUGCACUCAAUUAUUGUGAAAAUAUUUGCAUUCUAAUACUAUGAGGACUUGUGUCCCUAAGUAGGAUAUAAUGUAGCUAUGUGCUUUGUAAACAACAAAACAGCAGAUGCAUUACCAGAAAAUGAAGCAUAUUCCCAUUUUGUUUUGCAGAUGGUAAAAUAUUUCUGAGGUGCAGACAGCUAGACUGGCAGGGCUGGAGGCAAAUCUUGGUGGCAAAUCUUUGCCCUUGCUGUGUAAAGAAACAGUUGUUAAGGCUUUUCAAAAUGUGGAGCCAAAAGGAGGGGGAAAAAUCCAGUGAAAAUACAUUUCUUUUGGGAAGCUUCUUUGUUUUGUUUCUGUGCAUGCUAUCAGGGACAUGCAUUUCUUGGGCUAAGCCUCAGCCUGUGCUUGCAUUAAGGACCUGCCUGAAGGCAUCCCUCGA